UAUAUCCGCUCUCUUUCUCCGCCAUUUUAUGUCGCUUUUCUAUUGUUCAUAAUUGAAGUUAGCAGGGGCGGCGGAGCGAUUUACUGCGCAUUAAAACAUUUUUGGAUAUUGCUCAGUGGACAUCAGCAAAAUAGGGUAAAGGAGCAAGAAUCCAAGGUCAUCAUAGAAUACGACACACGUGGAUUUUUCUCUCAGGGUUCGAUCUCAACCUCGGUCGGAAAAUAUGAUGGACGACGAAACACCCAAGACCCUGUAUGUUGGGAACCUGUCCCGGGAUGUGACUGAAGCCCUCAUCAUGCAGCUGUUUGGACAGAUUGGCCCCUGCAAGAGCUGUAAAAUGAUAGUAGACACGGCAGGUAAUGACCCAUACUGCUUUGUGGAGUUCUACGAACACAGGCACGCUGCCUCGUCACUCGCAGCCAUGAAUGGUCGUAAAAUAAUGGGUAAGGAGGUCAAGGUGAACUGGGCCACAACCCCUAGCAGCCAGAAGAAAGACACAAGCAAUCACUUCCAUGUUUUCGUUGGAGACCUCAGUCCUGAAAUCACCACGGAUGACAUCAAGGCUGCUUUCGCCCCCUUUGGGAGGAUAUCUGAUGCUCGGGUGGUGAAAGACAUGGCUACUGGCAAAUCUAAAGGCUAUGGCUUUGUGUCCUUCUUCAACAAAUGGGAUGCAGAGAAUGCCAUCCAACAGAUGGGAGGUCAGUGGUUGGGAGGACGGCAGAUCAGGACUAACUGGGCCACCAGGAAGCCCCCUGCGCCCAAAGCCACCUACGAGACAAACACCAAACACCUGUCGUUUGAAGAGGUUGUGAACCAGUCCAGUCCCAGCAACUGUACCGUCUACUGUGGAGGUGUCACAACAGGCCUCACAGAGCAACUGAUGAGGCAGACCUUCACCCCCUUCGGUCAGAUCAUGGAGAUCAGAGUUUUCCCAGACAAAGGCUACUCAUUUGUGAGGUUCAACUCCCACGAGGGAGCGGCCCACGCCAUAGUGUCAGUGAACGGGACGUCCAUAGAUGGUCACGUGGUGAAGUGUUACUGGGGGAAAGAAACCACAGACAUGGUCAGCCCCAUGCAGCAGGUACAGAUGCCUCAGGUAAGACCACAGCAGAACAAAAUAGGUUUUGCAGCGCAGCCCUACGGCCAGUAUGCCCAGUGGUACGGUAACGCCCAGCAGAUUGGCCAAUACGUCCCAAACGGGUGGCAGGUGCCCACCUACGGAGUCUACGGACAGGCCUGGAACCAGCAGGGAUUCAACCAUUUACAGGCGGGUGCAGGGUGGACGGGCGUGGGAGCCGUCAGUAAUGGUGGUGUGGUGGAGCCUGGACAGGGAGUCAAUGGGACUGUGCUGGCCAACCAGUCCGGCAUGGGCACCGCUGGCUACCACACCCACUGAUCAGCGUGGGCCUGGCGGCCCAGAGUCGGCCUCCUACCCUCCACAACAGGGAUCCUAUACAGGGGGUGGGGGGCCAACAUGUGCCCUGUCUUUUACAACAUGAUUAAGAACUCUAUGACGGGGAGGGGGGGGUUCCCCUGUCCGUCCCCCCCACCCAACCUGGUUUUUACAUGUAAGUUUUAUGGUGGAGAAGAGGAGGAAACGCUUGUGUGUCAUUGGCGAUAGAGUUGCCCAGUUGCCCAGUCCUGGUAUAUAAGAUACACGUGUGUGUGUGUGUGUGUGUGUGUACAGUAC